CACUUCUCUGCUGUAGUAUCGGUGAGCAGUGUGACAGACGGGCUGGCUUUAUACGUUUAGGAAAAUCAGCAGCCGUUACUGUUACGCAUAAAGCAACGUCAGCAGUCAUUGAGUGUCUAGCUGUCAGUGAACGCCUCACAGUGUGUACCACAAGCUGUCUGGUGUGAACCAGUCUCCACUCUGCCCUCUGUCGCACACAGCUUGCACUACUUCAGACAUGGACCAAGACAACAAUCAAGAGGAUGAGUCAGUUGGGCCAUCAGAGAAUCCUUUACAAGAUGAUCCGCCUUGUAUACCUCCAGGGCUCGCGGAUGGGGAAACAAUGGAGAUGCUUUGGCAGUUGCGAGCCCAACGCCGGCAGACCUCUCCUGACCUCCCAGAGACUGUGACCCGUCUUACUGCCCCUGAUGGCAGCCUCCUGUACUUGGUGGGAACUGCCCAUUUCAGUGACAGCAGCAAAAAGGAUGUGGCCAUGACGAUUCGCGCUGUACAGCCAGACGUUGUAGUGGUGGAGCUGUGCCAGUACAGGGUGUCGAUGUUAAGGAUGGAUGAGAAUACACUGCUGAGGGAAGCCAAAGACAUUAACUUGGAUAAGGUUCAGCAAGCAAUCAAACAGAAUGGCCUGAUGUCUGGCCUGAUGCAGAUUCUCCUGCUCAAAGUAUCUGCUCACAUCACAGAACAGCUAGGAAUGGCACCUGGAGGAGAGUUUAGGGAAGCCUUCAAAGAGGCUGGACGAGUACCAUUUUGUAAAUUUCAUCUUGGAGACAGGCCAAUCCCAGUGACGUUCAAAAGGGCCAUAGCUGCUCUCAGUCUGUGGCAGAAAGCUCGGCUAGCCUGGGGUCUUUGCUUUUUGUCGGAUCCAAUCAGUAAAGAGGACGUAGAGAAGUGCAAACAGAAAGACUUGCUGGAACAAACCAUGUCAGAGAUGAUCGGCGAGUUUCCUGCUCUGCACCAAACCAUCGUGGCUGAAAGAGACAUCUACCUCACGCACACACUCCGCCAGGCUACACGCUGUGUGGAGUCCCCCUCUAGUGCCGAGAAAGUGCCUGCUGUGGUGGUGGGAGUCGUAGGGAUGGGUCAUGUCCCUGGUAUUGAACGAAACUGGGAUAAGGAGCUCAACAUCAGUGAAAUUAUGAGUGUUGCACCCCCCUCGCGUUUCAGCUGGGUGUUGCGCACAGUCAUGAAGGGCAUCAUGAUGGGGAUGCUGGGAUAUGCCUGCUACCGUGCUGGAGGAGGUUUAGGUAGAGCCUUAUUGUCUUUACCUGCAGUCCAGUCAUUGCUGGAGACACUGCGACCACCUCCUGCUUGACCCAGCUGGUCCUCUAAAAGCCAUCUCUGACCUUUGAUCUAUCAAAACAAUGCAUUUAUCACCAAGGGCCUUAAUAACCGGAGGCAAGGCUGGAGUAACAGGUUCACCAGCCCACACUUUGGACUAACAAGGACUUCACGGGGUUAAGAGCCCCUCGCCUCUUAUUGAUGUCUGGGUGGACACAACAGGGCUGUACUGCCAAAGAAACCACAACAGUACUUUUGCAUAUUUUGUUUAAAUACUUCAUUUUUGUAAAAAUUUCAGAUAAGAAUCAUCUCUGAUUCUCUAAUCAUGCCCAUGAAAAGUUUUAAUUUUGUCAUUUCAAUGAUCCUCUGUCACCUACUCUGAUAUAAAGAAGCUAAUUUUUUGAGGCUGUUUCCCAGACCCUCUCUCUGUUGGUGCCAACCAGAUUGUUGGUGAUUGGCCCAUUCAAGUCCAGCACUUUAAAAGAGACUGUUACCAUCUUGUUUCAUGUAUACAUCCUGUGGAAGUGACAAGAAAGUAACAUAUGCCAGUUAACUGCAAACAAAUUGGACUAAUGUGAGUAAAUGCGUAGACUAACCCAUGUGGUGUAAAGGUACCUAUCUAAAAAAAAAAGGCUGAACUGGAAGGCUGACUUUCAAGCGCCCAAUUCUUGAUUUAUUUAUUGUCAUAAAUAUGCUCAUAUUUCUCUAAAAUCCCAUUCAGCAUUAGUUUAAUACAUUUUAUUGAUUGCUUUACCUUCUAACUUGACCCAUUAUGACCUAAGGCUUUAUUUUAAGCAACCUUCUAAAACCUGAGGGUGUGGUGGAAAACUAAAAAUUGUUCAAGAAAACUAUCUUUUGUAACCUCUAAAGAAACUAGAAACAUGACAUAAAAACCAUUAGGAGGCUAAACAUUUUGCUUUAUUGUAAAUUAUUUGACUUUCCCCCUUAUAUUUAUCAAUUUUUUUAGAAGAAUAUAAAUGCGUGUCUUAAAAAUUCUAAUGUGAUGUACAUUCCACAUUAAGCUUGAAAGGUAUUAAUUGCAUCAGGUUGUACUGGGUUAACAGUCAAGUGCCUCCGAUUCUGUAAGCUGGAUCCUGUAAGGGCUACUGUUGAAAGCAUGGCAACCAUUUGCAUCAUUAUUCGUCUUACAAACACUGAAGGUCAGUUCAAAGUUCUUACAUAUGUAUACAUGUAUAUUACAUGUUUACAUGUUAUUACAUGUGAGGCCUAUUUUAUAAUGUCACUUUCCUUAGAUUCAAUAAAAAAAAAAAAAAAAGAAAAAAAACUUUAUUGUCCAUCUCUAAGAGUUGGAUAUAAAAAGUCUCACUCAGUGACGUCUAUCAUUAGGUGAUGGGCAAUCAACUCUAAUACAUUUAGACAUUUAGUUUGUGUUUACUGAAUUUUUAUCUUAUAACUGCCUCAUUUAUGGGAACUUGUCCAUUUUAUAGAUGCAUGACACAGGGCAGGCCUAAAUAUGCCUCAGAAACAGCAGAGCAAAAUCUUGUCAUUUGUUUAUGUGACUGUACUUCCAAUAUUCGGCAGCCUUACUAACAUUAAGGAUUUAACUGGCUCCAUCUUUGAGGAAGAGUUUCUGCUUGACAUCAGUGCAUGCAACGUAAAAUCAUCAUGCAAGAGCCUCCUGACAGUCAGUACAUUAGCUGUUUGUACAUUCAUGAUAUAUGCAUUAUUAUUUUUUUCCAGUGAGAUCAGAUGAUGAGAAUGAAGUUAUGUGUUCCUUGAGUUAAAGGAUUAAACCCCAGCAGAUCAUGAGUUUUUAUGUUUCUGCUUAAGUAAACAGAAAUGUUUGGGCAAGAAAAGGGGAGAUGAAGCCUUACUUUGAUAUUACUGCUGCCUUUGAUCCUCAGAUUGCCUCCUCUGCUUAAGCUAAUUACCAACGCAAACCGUUAUCCAUAUCUUUAUUCAAAUGUUUUAAAAAAACAAACAAAAAAUUAGAAAAACAAUAUUGAUGCGGUUGGAUCCCCGGAAUAACAUGUCAUAUUGGAGAUGAGAAAGUUUUAAUUCUCAAAGUAUAUAAUUGCAUGAUUGUAAAGUCAUCAUCAAUUUCCAGGUAAGAUUUUUCUUGAGACUUUGUGUACACUACGCUGUUUACUGGAGAUGUAUUCAUGGGUGAUAUGACAAGGUACUUUCAUCACUUUACCUCUUUUUAAACAAAGGUAAUUAAUGUAUGCUGUUUGAUUAAUCUUAGAAACAUAAACAAACCAUGUGCCAGCUAUCCACACUGUUAGUUAUUUUGGAUUAUCUGUCUUCCAAUUGAUAAAUAAAUUCUUUUUAAUACA